AGCUCUUGUCGCGGCACCAUCUCUGACUCGCUGCAUUUCUCCCGGACCGACCUUGCAACAUAGCAUUGGCAGCAUUGGGAGCUACACGACGCCUCACAACGAUUAUUGGGUUCCGGAACACCAGUUUCAAAAUCAUCAACUUCCUUUCUACUGGCCUUGCAUGAUGUGGUGUACACGAUGGUAUCUUCCGCUCGUGCUGUUGCCGAUGCCAAUCGCCCCGCCAUAUUUCUUGCUCUUAUUCCUUUUCUCGACCACCAUGCACGCGCGACCAUGUUUCUAUUGCAUGGUUUUGCUGACCGCCAUGUUCAUGUCAACAUGUUACUGGCCCCCAGUGCCCAUCGAGACUCCCCUCGUCCAACCGUGGUCGGAGAAUGUCACCACCUUCGCAGACGCCCUCCAUCUCAUGAUGCCCAACUUACCGGAGGAGAGGAUGCCUUCUACGAUUCCUGUCGCGGACCGCUGCUGGUGCGACUUCUCGAACGGCUUCUUCGCGCCGUUUAACGCAACAAAGUGGGAUGAGCUCAGCGUCGUGCGGCUGAAGGACAGUCUAGAGAAGGAUAUUGCGGCGGAGAAGGAGGAGAGCGAUAGGCAGAGAUGUGAGAGGGGCGAAGGUGAGGACGCCACCGUGUCCGCAGCUUGCGCGGACGCCCCGGGGGAGCUACAAUCCAACGUGUCGGUCUUGGCGACGGCUCAGAACGGAUCGGAGUCGGAGGGACGACCUCAUUUCUGGAACAUAUUCCGCCCGUUCAAGCGCACUCCGACACUCCCCCCUACUAAUGCUUCGUCUGACGAGGCCGAUUCAGCCUCACUACCCGCACCCGCUGCAUCCCCGAACGCGACGUCGGCUGUUCCGACAGACUCAAGGGAGCCCCAGGAGAGCGCGCAGCAGUCCGUGCCUCCCAAACCAUGGCUCCGUCGGGAAUACGAUCUGCGGCAAUACGGAUUUGCGAUGGUGUUGGACUUCGGAUGGCCAGACACACGUUCAUAACGGGGUCGAGGGGACGAAGGUAGUAUACUAUGGAGUCAUCUAAUGUUGUAUUAUUCUCAGGCAAUACCCUCGCAUAGACACCUCAGCAAUACCAUUGUACUAUCC